AAUAUUACUGUUGGAAAUAGUACUCCAACCGUGUUCGCUGUGGAGACAUCAAAUUUGCUUAUAAGUGAAAAGGUCGUGGCUUUUACUCACACAUAGACUUGUGAUGAUGGAAAAAGUGUUUCUUGGCAAUCUAGCUGGAGACGUCAAUGAAGGCACGCUACGCAAGUUGCUUGAGCAGCAAGGAAUCAUUUUUAACAAUAUUUCAAUGAAAAGAAACUUUGCUUUUGUAACGGUUAAAGACAAACUCUCAGUUGAUGAAGUGGUCAAAAAACUCAACGGUAACUGACUAAAAUUAGUCAGUCAUUUGUAUUUUGUUGAUAUGAUAAAUAAUAUAAUAGUUUUCUUGUAAUUGUUGCGAAAGCAUAAGCGAUUUCACAUAGUUACAACACAUACACAUACUUGUUCUUAGCAGUAGUAACAUGGAGCUGUCUAAAUUAAUAAUUAAGCUGUUUUUAUUAUUAGACACUAUUUUUUUUAAAGUAAUUUAAACUAUGUUGUGUAUUUUAUGAGAGUUAAAUCAUUAAAUUAUAUUUUAGCUCAACAAUUUCAAUAGCAUUUAAAUUGUGCUUGUUAUUAUAUUUUAUUAAACAUUUUUUAUUUUAAAAAGUGACUAACUUGUCAAGCAACCUUAUUAUUUAUUAUUUAACUUUGAUUUAAUUUUAACUAAUUCUAGUUCUAGAACAAAAUUUUAAGAUCCAGAAAUCUUUUGACUUUUAUCAUUUAUGGCACUAUUUAUUUGGGAGAUUUGGGAAGUAAUUAGUAAUUGAAACAAAUUCAUUAACGAUGUUACUAGUUACGUAACUAAAAAUAAAAAAGUUACCUUAAAACUCUAAUAAUACUUGAUAAUUAUCAGACUAGGCUUGGUUUGUACGUAUUAAUCCUACCAAUUUUCAUAAUGCGAUAAUGUAGUCAUUUCUGAAUUUGAAACACAAAGUAAAUAAUUGAAUGCACUUAAAUAUGAGAUUGACCUGUCUCAAAAUCCUAAGUAGACUAAUCAGGCCAUCCUUAAAUGAAGUCAUGCUAUUUUGGUAUAUUUUGUAACAAAUUAGAUUAGACAACUAUCACAAAUUUUUUAACCACCCCUCUUUUGGAUGCACAAUGUUAUUUUUGGAUUGCCCCCGUAAACUAUGAUUGGGCUAUGCCUAGUGUAAAUUCAAGCACUAAUGUCAUAAUUCUCUGCCUUCGAGAAUUCUACAACUGAUUAUAUUGGCAGAUUUUGUACUACCCUCCCCCAUCAUCUAAAGUAGUCACACUCCCACAAUUUAGAAACCUUCAUAAUACAUUGUCACAAAUUUGUGUCAUUUUUGUCAAGGGUCUACUAACACUAAUAAAAAUUAAACUCCUAAGACCUAAAGCAUUAUUUCUAUAUUUAGCCAUAACCAGUCUGCAAUCACCUUACCAAUAGUAAUGUGAAGUCCAUUUCAUUAAUUAUGUAAGCUGCUAAUAGAGGGAACACUAUCUUGACCAGGGGUGUGUAACCUUUUUGUGCAGAUGACAGCAUGGAAAUUAUUGUAUUUGUUUUUUUGGCGGGGCACAUAAUUUCUAUGAAUCUGAGAGUUCUAGACAAUAAAUUGAAAAUAAGUUUGAAGUUGAGCAGUGGAAUAAUUUUUAAUUUUGUAUUGGUUAUUACUAUUACAUAUGACAAUUUUACUGUGUUAUUAAUUUUCUAAGGCUUUUACAGAUAACCAUUCACAAUUGCUACCUACUGGAAAAAUAUUCAUCCAGUUUUUGGAAGGUCAUAGGGCCCCAUAUAUGUACAUGAAACAAUAUGUGCAUGAAACAAUGUUUAAUAGAAUAGGCAGAUUCUUCCUCUUUACAGAAAUGUUUUUGAAGUAGGCAGAUAUCUAAUUUAAGUAUUUUAUAAUCUUUUUUUUUCCCUUCAUUAUUUUCAGGAUUUACAUUAGAAGGAUCUGUAAUGCAAGCUGAACCAUCAAAUGGAAGGAAAAGGUGCAUUUUGUAAAAUACUAGCAUAAUUUUGUCCAUAUCCUUUUAUAAUUUUUUAAACUAUUCUUAUCCUUAAAAAUAGUUUCUUUGGUCAUGAAAUUAUUUAUAUCCUUCUUGUUUGCUAUUAUAUAUUUAUGCAUUGAAUGCAGACAUUUCACGAUUGUUAUUCUUGUUUGCUAGUAAUAACUUAAAAUAUUUCAGUCGUAAAACAAACAAAAUUCAAAUUCGAAAUUUACCACCACACUGCUCUAAAGAACAGAUUGAGGAGCUUGUGAAUGUAACUUCUAGGAGCCAAAAAAAGUUUGAACAAGGUAUGUUCACUAUUUAGCAACUACUACUUUUUGAAGAAAUUAACUAUUUACGUCAAGAUAAUUAUUAUUUUCAAUAGCCUGAUGAUGUGAAACAGAGUAGUAAAAAAUAUCAAAAUUAAAACCCCUUCUUUUUGAUUUCCAUAAAUCAUUAAUCCUCAUAAAAAUUUAAGAAGAAAAGAAUUUAAGCAAAGCUACAAAGAAAAACUAUCCUACCAGUUUGGUGAAGCUAUUACUUAAUAUUAAUAAAGUUAUAUUGAUUGUAAAUCUCAUUUUUAGUUGGCUCAGAGGGCGUCAUGUAUGUGACAUUUAAUACUCCAGAAGAAGCUGAAGAGUAAGUUACUUUUAACAUUAUUUUUAGAAAUUAGAAAGAUUUUGCACUAAAAAUCAGUUGAUUAUAAUUAAAAUAAAGUGUCAAUUUUCCUUUUCCUAACACUAUUAUCCAAGUUGAUUAUUAUAAAUAUAAAUACAGUAGAGUGGAUUUUCUUGGCGCUAAUUAUCCGAAAUGUCGGUUAUCAGAAUAGCCCCUUUCUUGUUUAAAUAUUAUUAUCUUAGGCACAACUCAAAAUGUAAGGGGGGCCAUUAUACUUUAUGAAAAACUUGUGCGGGCCAAAAGAAAAUAGGACAGGGGGAAAGCUAUUAAGAAAAUAUUAAGAAUAAAGAAUAUUUUAUUACUUUGCGGGCCACAAAGUGGGUGCUAGCGAUGCGGCCCACGAGCCAUAUGUUGUGCCGGCCUGGUCUAUUGCACUCAUAACAUUUUCCUAUUUAUGUAGCCUCCUUCUAGUUUCACCAUAAAGGGUCAUUGGCUCCUUGGAAAAUGGUAUCAUUUUAUUGUUCAUUACACUAUUCUGAGCUACACAUUCACAACACACUUGUUCCUUGUCUGGUGUUUGUAUGUCCUUAGCAUGUGAAGAUGACCAAGGUUAUAUCAUAAGGUACAUACGCAGAUGGCCUGCAAGUCCCGUUUGUGCCUGGAUAGCUUAAUCCUGCAUGUGGGUCACAUGUUGUUUUGGGUCUUAGUAGAAUUUGAGUCGGUUCUGCUUUUUCUUGCAAUGCACCUUCUUUGUUCUUGAUCGGUGCCCAAAUUCUGGCAGUUAUUUUUCUGAUAGUGCUGCCAUUUUGAUUUUGUAUCUUGCGAGCUGUUUUGCAACAAUUGCAGUUUGCCACUCUGGUCUGUUUGCUUUGGGGUUAUCCAUAAAAGUUAGCACAUUCCAGGCACCAAUGUUAAGUGUUGUUGAUUUGAUAUGUGGUAAUUCAUCAUCUGAUAUUAAAAACUGAAUGGACAGAAUAAUCAAGGUAGCUAUAAACAUAACACAAAAUAAACAUCCUUCACAUGAAGAACUAUUUGAAGAAAGAUGUUAUUGUAAAACUAAAGAAAUUUUGGAUCAUACAUCCCACCCUCUUCAUCACAGAUACUAAGGAUCUGCCCGUUCGGGAUGAAUUCUUUCUCUCACUGAAAGAUAUAAAAAUUCUUUUGUUCUCCAAUCUGUACAAAUUUAUUAUUAUUAUGAUUUGUUUUAUUUAGGGCUGGGGUCACCAUGCUGUACAUAAAAUUUAACAAACAUAUCAACUUAAAAAAUUAAUGACCAUACAUUAAUUAAAUAAAAAAUAUAAAACAAACGUUUAUUCACUCCACUCAUCCCAGAACUAUUUACAUGUCAAGCCAUAGACGGCACCCAGCAUCAUUGUUUAUCGGUCAGAGGGGGGAAUCAGUCAGUAUAGUAGAGUUUAAAGGAUAUGUUUUGAGUGCACUUUUGAAGGCUGUGAUGGUCAAUAUAUUGCAGAUGUGUAAUGGAAGAGAAUUCCAUUGUUUAGGGGUACAGAAAGAUCUUUCACUGUAUUUUUUUAUGCGAGUCUUGGGGAUAGAAAGAAUACCAAGUUCUCCCCCAGAAGUCACAAAUCUUAAUGAGAACCAAUUAGUCCCUGAUAUGGCUAAGAGAGUUAACUGAAUGGCUGUUUUUUUCACUGGUGAAAUAAUUUAAUGUAGAUGUCUUGUGUUCAAAUUGUUCUAUUUAUUUGCUGAAAAUGUACAAUGCAAUCAAAAAACAUUUCCAUUUGUUUGGAUCAAUAAAAGAAUCUUAUCUUAUUAGUGCUGCAGUUGCUUGGAUGGAGUUUUUACAAGACAAAAUUUGUUGUCUGAAGCACUUCCUCUAUUUUCCUUCCCAUUUAGGUGAACAAUGGUGAUCUCAAAUAGGGUAGUCUAGAUACCUAGAGUUAAUGGCCCUGACAUACAGUUUGUUUUGUUUAAAGUGAAAGAGAGUUGUGCAAAAUGUCAGCCUCACUCUCUUGUCCUUGCACUUGAAUUCCCUUCCUCCUCACAUGAUCAUCUCGUAGUCAGCCAUCAAUGGAGUAAAUUGUUCACCAAUUAGAUCGUAUCAGCUUCGUUAAAUUAGGCUGUAAGAUAUGAGAUCAAAUCAGAAAAAAACAUUUAAUUAAAGAACCUAUCAACAUUACUAAUAAUUUUGCAAAUAUUAAAAACUGAAGUAUAUUUUUUUCCAUUGUUAACUUUUAGUGUUAUUAAUCAAGGGUAGGUUCUAUUGACAUGUCGUAAUUAGGAAGAAAAUUAAUUAAAUUAAAGCAGACUUUGCUCAGUUUUGAAUUGAUUUUAAUUGAUGAAUAUAACAAUAUCUAACGAAAUAUUAUUCAUUCCAAGUUAUUAAUUCAUUUUUUUCCCUCUUUAGAUGUGUAGAGCAAUUGAAUGAUUACCGCUUUGAAGAUGGAACACAGUUAAAAGUAAAAUUUUUAACAAUGAAUUCCACUUGUCAGUUUUGUUAUAAUUUCAUAAUGAUACAAUUAAAUAUUUAGCAAAAACUUUUAAAACUAGUGUUUAAUCACAGGUUUUUAGUUCUUCUGUUAUUGGCUUUCUCUUGUUGAUGAUUUAAAAAAGGCUCAAUUGAAUUAAAUUUUCCUUACCUACUUUACAUAGUGAUUGGAAUAGCUUUAUAAUGCUACUUGGUUCUGUGAAAUGGUAGAAUUAUUUGGUUACUUUUAAGCAUAUUAUGAAAUAUUUAAAAAAAUUUAUAGGAUUGUUAAGCAUUUUUUUAUCCUGUAAAUAAUCUUUUACUUUUAGGUGGAUUAUUUUCGAAACCAGAAAAGAUCGAACAGAAGCAAUUCCAACAGUAAUUCUGGACUUGCGCGACAAGAUCUUCCUUUAAGGUGAAUUACUUUUUGUUUCCAGGUACUGUUAAAUUAACUGCUGAGCUGAUUUUUAUAAAAUGCAUAUUCCUAUAAUAAUUACACCGUUUCCUGGUUUAUAAUGUAUUUUUUUGUUGUAUUCUGUUUUUAUACUUUAAAAAAAAUUGUCUUGCAUUCUAUUCAGGAUUGUUGUUGCCAGUGAUUAUGUGGGCGCUAUUAUUGGAAAGCAGGGUCAAACUAUAAGGAAAAUAACAUCUGAAAGUCGAGCAAGGUAAUAUCGUUUUAGGAGUCUUAAUUUAAUGUUCACUAGUAGUAGAUUGUAGGGUUGAAAGUAUCUAGAUUCAAUUUUUUUUUUAUUCAGUGGACUAUAUUUUAUUAAGUUAAAACAUUGUGCACAUUUUGGGUAAGUUGAAGUUAAAAGCAAUGGAAUUAGAAGGCCAAAGCUUCUCUGUGACUGGUAUGAUGGAUCCAUACGAUGUUCAUGCUCAUUCUUCAUUUUUAACUGCCCAAGCCAUAUCCCUAUGCAGUCCCAUACAUUUCUUCCAGUCAGUGUCAUUUUGAUUAAUGUAAUUAUUAAUCAAAUUAAUAAAUAGUCUUCAGCUGUGUUUUUUUUUUUGUCAGAAGUAUAUGAAGGAGAAAUUCUUCAUGAGUUGUAUUGCCAAAAAUUUUUCUGACAGAUCACAUUUUAAAUAUUAACUUUAAUCUCUCUUAUAACUUGGGUAGAUCUCAUUUGGCUUAUUACUCUAUUCCUUCUUUUUUAAUUUAGGAAGAAAUCUUUAGGAUUAUAAUUGUAUUCAGUAUGUCUUAUUUUGUUUUUCAAAUGUCAAAUUAGAUUAAAAUCAGUUAACACAGAAGAAAAAAAUUAUGCUCAUGAAAACCCAAAAAUGAAACACCUAGGUUUUCAACAUUUAAAAAAAAAAUUUAUUUGGCUAACCCAGUAUUUUGCGGGUGCCAGGUACCCAUAUGGGAAAAGCUGCACUAUUGGAUGAUUAUGUAUCGGAGAUAAAUAAGAAUCCUGAGCAUGUUAGAUACAAAAUUCAAAAUUUUAUAAAAAUUGUCAGUAUUAUUUACAACAUAGAGGAAACAAAAUUAAUUAAUUCUUUAGCAGCAACUUUUUAAAUCUAACAUUACAGUAUCUCUUGAAAAACAGUUAUGUAAGAAGUAAAAAUGUGGCUUGUGUGCUUUUGAGAGAAAUAUUGACUGUAGAAGUAAUGAAGUCUAGGCAGGGCCCAGUAGCAGAAAUCCUAAAACAAAGAGUGAAAAAAUAUUGAGGCAUUGAGUUUUUGAAAUGGUGGAAAAGUUGUAUAUCCUAUAACCCAUAAUAAAUGAGCUUGUCCAAAAAUCAUUCUUUAUGCUGGUUAGACUACAAGUCAGAAUUAUCUGCUCAUCAGCUCAUCGGUUGAUGAGUUUGGUGUUAUUCAGACACUUCUGGAAAACAAAGAAGGUUGUGUUGUUUUUUUUAAAUUUGGCUGCAAUUUUAAAAAAAAAAUAUGUUCUUAAAUUCAUUCAUUAUCCUUUUUUCAUAUUGUAUCUGGAUAGGGAAAGAAGGAUGAAUUUAUGAAAGAUGAAUGUUUUGAAAAUGAUUCUUAUAUGCUCAAUGAUUGAUUUGUUGGGUUGACUGAAUUUUAAAAAAGCAAGAAUUUGAUUUUUUAAGAACCAGCAUUGUAAGGUCAGAUUGCAGUUUUUGUGUGGUUAACCGUGAACAGCAGAACAUUAAAUUAUAUCUUACGAUUUUCAUUAAUAAAGUUUUUACUUUCAGAGUGGAUAUUCAUAGAAGAGAAAGCCAUGUACCUGAUACAGUAAGUUACAUUAUUUCUCACAAACCUUUUUGUCUCCUUUAUUCUUUCUGAUAAUGUCCUAUGUAAUGAAUCUAGAAUGAUUGUGAACCAGACUGAAAGUUAAACUUAAGGGGAACAAGGUUUAUUUAUUCUUUUCAUAGUAUGGGUUUUCUGGAAACUUUAAAAUAUUGCAUCUAAAGUGGAUUAUUUUUCUUCACAAAGAAAUAGCUAAAAUGUUUGCAUUUCGUUACUGUUUAAUUUAAUGUUAUUUGAAAUUUUGUGGUAAAUAAUUUCUGAGCUGCUAACAAGUACCGUAAACUAAUUAUUUCACUAUUAUUAAAAAAGUUUUAAUGAUUUUCAAAAAAAUUAAUUUUUGUGAAUAUUCUUACGUGGGAAAAUUAUCAGUUUUUUCGACAUUUUUAAGAUCAAAGCAAGGACUUGAAUUAUAAUUUAACUGAGGUGUGAUGUUCAUUAGUCUAAUUUUCAUAAAGAACAUCUUGCUUUGCUACAAUUUCUCAAUUCCAUUAUCACAAAAUCAUUUUUAUUUAUUUCUCCAGUAUUAUAGUAUGAAUAUUUUAAACAAAUGAAUAAUUGCUACUUUAAAAAUAUAUCAUAUUUUAGUUUGUUUCAACCUUUGUUUUCUGAAUUUGGAGUUCAAGACAAGAGAAGGUUCUUCAGUAUCUACAUCUACCUUUGGCAUGAAUUAAAUGCUUUUUUUUAAGAUCUUGAAUACUUUUUUUCAGCUUGUAACAAUUAAAGGAUCACCUGAAAGUUGUUCUAAGGCUUGCAAAGAAAUAAUGACUGUUGUACGACAAGAAGCAGAUUCACUCAAUAGAGGGUAGGUAGUAAAACUGAAGUUAAUUAAAUCCGCCAGAUACAAUCCAAAAUUUUAUUUUUUGUUAUCCUUAUUUUAGUCAUGUUAUCUUAAAAUUUUGCAAUGAAAAUUAAAGCAUAAGUUCAACUUUAAAAAUUGUAUUUUUUAUCAAUUGAAUUAAAUUCUUCUCAAAUAUCAUUUGUUUUGACUUUAUUUCAGUGAUGUCGCUUUUAGAAUUUUAUGUCCAAAUAGCAUCUGUGGUCGGAUAAUAGGGAAACAAGGGAAUGUUAUCAAAGUAUUCAUGGAGAAAACUAACACCAAUAUAGUUGUAUCUAGGUAAGUUAAAAAGUCUGUGAUGUUACAAAUUCAUGGGAUGUAAUUAGGAUUUUAAUUUAACAGGUCAACCUUGAGCAUUAGUGCUGAAAUAAUUGUGACUGUUUUAAAUUUAGUUAUCUCUAAAUGAGAAAUUGCUAUACUAAAAUUGCAUGUGUUAAUUUCCAUAGUGAGUUUCAUUGAUUAAUGCUGACUAUAUAUUCAGCCUAAAAAUUUUAAGCAAAUCCUAUUUUUGGGACAAGAGAAUUUUUGAGAGGGUAGUCAUGAAAUGUAUUUUUAAAUUUUUAAAAAUGUUGUUACAUUUUACCAAUUAAUUUUCAAAUUCCCUGAAUGCUUUUAUUAUAUAAUUUCACUUGGGAACUUGAAAAUGCCUCGGUCAAAGCUGGUCUUAAGGUAAAUGAAGCGAAGACAAAUAUAUGAUAAUAUCUUGAAAUACCCAUGCUGACAACAUCAAUAUAAACAACCACACCUUUGAGAGAGUGGCUACUAUCAAAUAUCUAAGGGAAAGUACAUACUUUAUUAAAAAAUUCUACAAUAUUCAUCCGGAAAGUCCAAAAAUAGCAGAUUUUAUCAUUUGAUUCACUGUUAAGGUCCUUUCUAAAGAUAAUUUUAGCACCUGUUGCUUUCACCGAAUUGUCAUGGCCCUGCUUGAGGGCUCGUUUAACCGCCAUUGAUGAAAACCUGCGACACGUUUUGAUAACUGUGCUGUAACAACAUAAAUAUAUAUGGUUUAUUAGAUUUUUUUGUAUUUUUGGGGGUGGGGGUCGUUAAAAGUGCUUUGUAUGUACACUGGGGCAGGGGGGUAAAAAAAUUGGUGUACAAUGGGUGGAGGGGGUGGUAGAAAAUCAGAUUUUUUUUUUUUUUGCGGUGAGUGCAGAAAAUAUAGAAAACUAGAGAAUGCAUCAUUUUGUAGGUUCUGAGAAGCCCUUUGAAAUCUAUUUUUAGAAGGCACAAAACAAGUGUUCGAUUUUAAUACCCCCCUCUUCCUUUCACCCCUUUACAGGUUGUGGUGAUUAUUAGACUGAUAACGAUAAACAGGCAUAACGGAUAUUUAUUUUUUUUUUUAAAUAAUAAAUCUUAAGUUACUUGAUAGCUCUUUUUUUAUGACGCCAUAAUUUGUUAAUCAAUUCUUAUUGCAAUCAAUUUUAUUUGGUCCUAAUCUGACUUUCAGUUUGAACCACGUUAAAUAUUACUAGUAACUUUAUUUUUACCAGUGACAGACAGUGCUCACCUAAACAGCAAAUACAUGUCUGCAAAAUAAAGUGGCAGCAGAUUGCAAAAUGAACACACUCAUCUCUUUUUUGAAGUUACCUUUUUAUCCCAGAUUAACUUGAUCCCGCUAGAGACUGAUGCGGGCUAGAGACGUGAUGCGAUUAGUUAUUGUAUACAUUUGAUGUACUGUAUUUUACUUAUUUACUAUUAAGAUAAUGGUUCUGUAUUGUACUAUUUCAAGACAAUAAUUUUUGGAGUUUGAGGGUAUACAGGUCUGAUUUUAAUGUUUCAUUUUAAACAUUUAUAAAGCUAUUUUGGUUUUAGGAUGGGACCUUGGUUUUGAAGGGCCAACACUUGCAAAUAAAUUUAAUUUAUUCUUGUAUGAAUUUUUUGGUUUUACCGAUGAAGGAAUUUGCUGAAACACUUAAUUUACAUUUGUAUAAAUAUGAAAAAAAAGAAUAAGAGGUGGCACAAAUCCCUAAUGAAAACAAAGCUCAGAUGGACGGAAAGAUAGUGGGUGAAAGUACAUUUAAAACCCAAACAGGAAAAAUAACAUUGCAGUUACGUAAUAUUGUGAAUUUGGUUUAUGCCAUAUGUAAUCAACAUACCAAAUAUUUUUAUUAAUUUAUUUUCCUUAUAAUUUCUAUCAGGUGUGUUACUCACAUGCAAUAUACCAGUAACUGCAAUGAUUAAUGUUCCAUUGUGUUAGCACUAUCGAAAUGUCUAGAAACAGGACCAGGGGCUCAUCUAUUAAUGUUGUACAGGUGUUCUUUAAAACAGUCUCAUUAGACUCAUCACAGUGAAUCCUCUAGAAAGCUUUGGAAAUUGCGUUUGAAUAUGAAACUUUAUCACAAUUAAUUACAUAUUUAUUAUUGCUUUAAGUAAAUUUUUUUUUUUUUAUAAAGUAUUUUUAAAAAAUGCCUCAAAUUUGAUACUUCUACAGCUUUGAUCCCUUUCCUGGAGGAUUGAUGGAUUCCACUAAUAAUUAUGUAGACAGAGUAAUAACUAUAACUGGCUCCACUGAAAGCUGCUCAGAAGCCGAAGAAAAAAUCAGUGAGAAAAUGAGACAAUGCUUUGAACAAGAUGCUGGCUCAUUUCAGGUUUGUCUUUGAUUUCAAUUCUAACUGGAUAUUGUAAUUACAGUACCUAUUCCUAUUCUCCCUUACCAUGAAUGAAAGCAUUUAAUCUUAGUAGUCUUUAAAAUUUUUCAUCAUAUGCCUUGAAUAAUACACUGCAGACUUACUGCUAAUUAUUUUUAUCUUAAAUGUUAAAUACUAUUAUUCCCAGAAAAUACAGAAUUUUUUGCAGUGAUCUUUUGUAUAGCUUUUUAUACAUUGUUUGAAUGUUCAGGGGUGUAAUACUCUGAAUAGAGCCAAUAUUUUUUAACAUUUUAUUAAAAACACAAACCAACAAGAUUGAUUAUAAAUUUAUAUUUUGCAGUAUGGUGCACAGCAGCAUAUGAUGUUCCCUGGAAUGCCAGGUCUUCCCCUGAUGCCUGGUAUGGGACCUUACCAAGCCAUGAGACCGCCCAUGCCCUAUAUGGUAAGUUUACGGAAUACCUUUAUCUAAAAAAACCCAAGGAUGAAUAUUAGGGUUGCACCGAAUAAAUGACAUUUGUGCAGUGUCAGCUUAUUUUGCCAAUUAAUCGGCUUGCUGAAAAUACGAAAGAUAAGUGUUUCCCAAAAUUUAAAGUUUGGUGGUCAAGUUUCAAAAUUGCACCAGGGACCAAAGGCUAAUUUAUUGAUAUUUCUUUUUAUUUGACCAUAAAUAUUCAUCUUGUGGGGACUAAGGCUCGUGGGCCACCAUUUGGCUCUAGGUGAUACUUGCAAAUUUUAAUUGCCUUUAAAUUUAACAUUUGUUAUGGGAUUUUAUCAAAUAUUUUUAUCCAAGCUAUUAAAUGUGUUAUAAAUUAUCUGAUUAUAAUCAGAAUGUUUUGUUUAAAGCCUUUUUCUUUAUAUAAUAUGCUAAAAAUAAUACGUGCAGUGCAGUUGGAUCAAUAAAAGUAACUUACCUUAUUAAUGAAUUGAAAUAAUGACCAAAAAAAAUCAUUAUCUGACUGUUUAGUAACCUUCUUGUAAUUUAUUUGGCAAUAACAUAUAUGCAAAAAGGACUAUUUUCCUAAAUUAUGUAAUAUUAUUUAGUCAAAAAAAUGUAUAGAUUUUUAAAAGUUUAUAAAUUUAUAAAGUCAGAAAUAUUUUUAGGGUGCUGCUUACUACCCUGGAGCUUUCAGUGGUCCACCUCAAGUUCAACAACAGCCUGAGGUCGUGCAACUUUAUAUUCCAGAAAAAUCUGUUGGUGCAGUAAUUGGGAGUAAAGGACAGAAUAUUAAAAAUAUUAUGCGUUUGUCUGGUGCUCGCAUCAAGGUAUAUUUUUAUUGUUAUCAAAUUAAAGGAUAUUGAUAUUUUUCACCUUUCAUUUUCAUAUUUUGCAUGUUACUCUUUACAGUUAUGUAAAAAAAAAAAUUAUAAGUGAUUGCAAUUAAUAUGCUCACUUAAAAGAUUUAUUUUUUUAUUUUUGUAUUUCACCGUUUAAUUUUAAUGGAGGCUUUAAUACUAUCUGUGAUUUUUUAUAUUUUUGGUUUUAAAUAUAUUACACUGAUAUUGUUCGUGCAUUGUAGAUACUAACUUAGCCCGUUGGAUUGAUGGAUUAAAUUUUUAUAUUUUUGCACUUAACCCUUUUGGGGCGUAGCCUUUUUGAAGUGUCGGUGCCAAGAAGAUGAAACACUUUUUACAAGCUCACUUUGCAACAAAAUUUUUUCUAAAAAACAAUUUCCUUUACAUGUUAGUUUAAAACUAUAAAUUCUUGUAGGAAAUUGAAUGAACUAAUAUAAUCUUUAUGAAUCAAAUUGAAAUCUCAACAUUUAUGCAAAUGAGCUAUCCUGAUUUGCAUAAUUUAUGCGUGCAUACAUUUUUUUUUGUUACUCUUAGAUAAUAGAUUAAACAUGACUUUCUUAUAUCAUUUGUGUGAAAUUUUUUUUUAUGGAUGAAGCUUGAAUUAGUCCUAACACUUGUGUUUUGGAAAACAAGGCCCUCCAGAUACCUCUGUUACAUGACCCUGACUAUUUUUCGGUUGCUAUGGACAGAGCAGUCCUUUUCACCAUUGUUCGACAGGCAUUUAUGACCUUGGGACAUUCUCUUGUGCUGGUUAUUACUGAGAAUUUUGUGGUCUCUCUCAUAAACAUUUGAAUGAUGUUUAGUGUAAUAAAAUAUCCUGAAGUACCUGGAGUGCUUAUGCCUUAGGGCAAAGUUAUAGGUCCUAUAUUUGCUAAAAAUUCAUAGGGUCAUCUCUAUACAGUUCAGUACUCCUAAUCCUAAACCAAGGAUUCACAAACUUAUCAGCAUCAUCAUGUUUCUUCAUUACAUUCCUGGUUGUUUUCAUCAGGUUCAUUGUUAGAUUCACUGCAAAGCAUUAAAGAAUCUGAUAUUACUUUCAACACAAAAAAAAUUUGUGAACACAACAAAAGCUAGUAAACAAAGGAGGUUGCAAUUAAAAUACAGGAUGUGCAGGAAAUGUAAGAAACAAUCUGAUUAGCUAGUACGAAGAUUAGCCAGCCGAUCUCAAGGCAUGAAUUAUCGGCCUAAGGAUCUGCUAUUCAACCCUGGCCAAUAUAUAAGCACAGCCAUCCCGAAAGGGUUCAGAUGAAUUAAAAUCAUGUUAAUUUCUUCAAAAUGAAAAAGGCUAUCGAUGUAUGUGUGUUGUAUAGAUUAGAUUACUAAUGUUCAAAUAAAAAAGAUAUGCCAGGGGGCAUUAGAACUAUUAAUCUUAAUUAUUUCAAACUUUAAUUUUUCAACAGAUAUUAGGGGCCAACGAUAAAAAUGGAUCUGGUGAAAAUAACCCAUUCAGUCAUUCAGGGGAUGAGCGCAAGGCUGUGAUUUCAGGAUCUCCAGAAGCACAGUGGAAGGUUAUAAUUUUAUUUUAAUAUUUUCCCUUAGUCUUGGAUUUUAACCCUUGAACUGUCAUGUGAAAUGGAACUGACAUAUGCAGUGCUAUGAUAUCAAUUCUGUUUUAGUAGCUUCGAUACGUAUCACUAAAAUGCACAUAACUAAAUGGAAAAUGAAUCCUGAGGCCCAUGCAAGUAUGCAUAUCUGAUAGUAAAACAUUGAAUACACAUGUCCUUUUAUCUGCCUUCAGCUCACACCUGCACUAUCAAGUUUGGCAUCAUGUUAAAGUUUUGGGGAAAAUUAUUGUUUUUGUGCUAAUUUUCCUAGACAUUUACAAAAAAUAAUAUAGGAGCCUUACAAGAUUGUACUCUUUGUGUGUGUGCGUCAUAAUUGUAACUUUGAAGGAUUAUUCUUUUUCACUUGUGUUGUAAGUUAAUAUAUUUUUUAGUUCUAUUUGGUUUUGUAUUGUUAUAAUAAUUUUAAUAGUAUAAUUAAAUUGAAUAUUGUUAAUAUCACUAGGUUUGGUAUAGUUUUUUUUUUUUAAUUGGCUGGUUUUCAGUCCUUUGCUACAUAUUGUUGAACAAAUAAGCAAAAUCUUAAAACUGAUAAAAUUUGCAAAACCAUAAUAUGACAGUAUGUUACACUGCCAUCAUUGGCUACAGACCUGGGAGGCUUUGUUCAGUCUCUUAUGUCAAGGUUUAUCAACCAGAGUAAUAUCUGUGACAAAAUCAGGAUACCAGGAAAUAAAUGUUUGAUUUCCUUCCCCCUUGCUUUUGCUGAAGAAAGACCUGCCAAACAAAAUUUCAUAAUUAGAUCACAAUACAAGGCAUUUUCCAUUGCCAUUUAAAGAUCAUUUACCCACUUAUGAGAAAUAUGUCCUUGCUGGACCCAAGGCACAUGGUGUCUGAAAAAGACCAGUUGAAUGGAAAAGCUUAGAGCAAUGUGAGAAACAAAACCAAGUUAAAGUGCAACACCAUCUUGGCUGAGUAUGAAAAAUAUAUUGGUCAUUAUCACAGCCAUUUUUUUCUACUCAGCUUUCCACAAUAAAAAGUAGUUUUCUGAUCUGCGGGCUAUUGUUCAACUCUUUUUUUUUUAAAACACAUAGCUAUGCUGUGAAUAAAGAGGUCAGUGUCUAAAAUUUUUACAGUGAGAGUCUCUGUGCUCAAAUACUGCAACUUAUUUAUUUUUCUUCAUAAAGGCUCAGUUCUACAUUUUUGAAAAGGUAAAGAAUGAAUUAAGACUUGCAGCCCAUGAUGAGGUUCAUCUAAGAACUGAGAUUAUGGUACCUAAACAAAGCAUUGGUAGAAUCAUAGGCAAAGGUGGCCAAAAUGUAAGUUAUAUUUUUUAUGGUUUUUAACUUUACCCAUGCAAAUGUAUAAUUUUAUCUUUAUAAGCGUACAUUCGCCACAAUGUCUAUCAUAUUAUAAUUUGUAACCAUUUAUCAACUAAGUGCAUUACCCUAAAAUAGGGAAACAUUUCCAACUUUGGUAUACAUGAAUAUAUUUUGAUUACGGAAAUGACCCUAAAGCAGUUUCAAAAUCUUAAUUUUAAAAUGUUUUUAAAUUUGACAUUUAAAAGCAUUUGAUGACAAUAGUGGCUGGUGUUAACAGGGCAACCUUGGGAAACAGCAAAUAAUCUAGUACUUGUAAUUUUUUUCCAAACUUAUUUUUUUCAUUUUAAAUUUUUCGUAGCUAACCCAAUCUUUUAAAUGAUAUAGAUGAAAGUUUGAAUAUUAUGCAAACAAAAGCAAUUAGCUGACAAUGUUAUGUAAUUACAGUAGAACCCAUUAUGUCGCCGGCCAUGGGGUUUGCCAAAAAGCAAGGAGAUAACCGAUGAUCGAGAUAAACGAAAACCAGUAUGGCGGCAAUAUAUUAACAUGGGCUUGAAAUUUCAAGCUCAAAUUUUAGGCUAUGCCCAUUUAAUAAUUUAAGUCAAUAAUAAUUAAUAGGCUAUAGGGUCUAAGUCUAAAAUGUUUUAGGCCUAGACUAAGUCCAGGUUACUGUAUAUUAGAUUUAACUUAAGACUGACUGAUUAGACUGUAUCCUGUAUAUGAUUAGAAUGUUAAUCUUAUAAAUAUUUUAUUUGUGAAGUACUCAUUUUAGUCUUAGAGUCAGGACAGCUUGCUUAGGCCCAUACUUAGUAGACCUACUUUCUAUUAACGAAUGUUAUAAAAAUAUAAGUUAUAUUUAAAAUAUAGGUAUAAAACAGGCCCGGACUACAUACAGCCCGCGAAUUAAUGAAAUAUUCUUUAUUAUUAUUUUCUUAAUAUCUCUCCCCCCUGUCAUUAUCUUUCGGCCUGCAUACUUCAUAAAGUAUUACGGCCCACCUUUCAUUUUUAGUUGUGUAUGCCUGGUCUAUAUUAUUAGGUAUUUCACUAAGUGGCGCGCGCCGAUAGAUUUUUCGUAUGCGGGGAAACAGACCAUAAACCCACGACGGUCAAUGCCGGUAGGUCACGGGGUCAUAUGGAGAUCUAGUUUCCUUUGUCUACGUAAGGGAGUGACAAUGAACUUAUUAUAGUCUGUUUUGUGCACACGAGGGGGGUGAUCAUUACAUCAUAAACUUAGAGAUUCUUUCACUCUUGUAUUUUGAGAAAUAAUUAUUUUUGAUUAUGCAAAACUUGUUUAUUUGUUCUUGUGGAGUUAAAUAAACAGGCGAUUGGUCAUGGGGAUUGAGAUAACUGACGUUAAGUGGCAAAUUUGGCCCCCUUUUGUGCUCGAGAUAUUAUGCUUCGGCGACAUAAAAGAAUCACAUAACCGAUGAGAAAAUGCUAAGACAAAGAGAGAAUUUGGAGGUUGCACUUCAUUUGACUUUAAAGGGUUGGCGAGUUAACCGAGGUCAAGAUAAGUGGGUUCAACUGUAUAAUAAAUAUAAUUCAUAAAUAUAAAUACAGUCAGAUUUCAAGACCUACUGUUGUACUAAUGUAAUAAUAAUUAUUGUAUUAUAGGUUAAAGAAAUGCAACGUGUAAGUGGUGCCAUAGUACAGCUUCCUAUGGAAGAGCAAGGAGAUGUGGAUGAAGUUCCAGUUACUAUUAUCGGGCAUUUUUAUGCCACUCAAUCAGCACAGAGACGUGUGCGUUCUUUAAUGAAUACUUUCUCACGUGCUCAACCAGCUCCCAGGAGAACAAGGCCAGGUGCUCCUCAGCAACUUCUAUAGAUCAUUGGUGCUUGGGCAAUAACUCACUACAUUUAAAGCUGUGCCGUUGUUCUUAAAUGGCUUCUCAUGAAGAAACUGUUGAAAUUAAAUUUUUGACUACUUAAGAUCUUUAUUAUUUUCAGUUUGCAACUAAAAAUUCCUGCUGUCAUUUUCUCGCUAUGCUAGGCUGGCAUUGCCCAAGCCACAAUUGUUGGUUGGUUUGUUAAAAGAAUACUUAAUAUGUUUAGACUGUGCUACAUUUAUUGUGAUUUUUUCCUAAAAUCAUAUUUUGGAUUUUGGAGUGAGAGACUGAGUCUAAUAUAUAUACAACUUGUUAUACAAUUUGUUCUAAACACUGUUGGUUUGAGAUCAAAAUUGAUGAUUAAUGUGAAAAUGAGAAGACUAUUUUUUAAUGAAUGUUUGACUUUAUUUUCUAUAUGUUGAUAUAUUAUAUAUUUAUGUAUUUUAUAGUGAGAAUACGCUUUUGUACUCACUGAAAGUUUGAUAAAAUAUGCAAAACAUUGAACAAGAUACAGCAAAGACCGUCUUGCUAGAUCUGUAAUGCAAAAUAGGUUUAACAUGCGCUAUAAAAACUUUCAGUACUAUAUUCAACUUGCCAACAUUCACUAUUUGGUACAGAGUCAACAAUAGCCUUUCUCAUUAAAUAUCUGUCCUUUAGCCUCUUAUUUCAGUUUGACUUGUAAUAUUUUUAUAUUUGUGCCCAGGGUACAAGUAACAAAAUGCAUGUUUUUGUGUGUCUAAUUCUAAUUAUACCAUUCAAACAGUUGUGAUUUUGGACAGUAACUUCACACAGUUUUUUUUUUUUUUUUUUUUUUUUUUUUUUUUUUUUUGUGAAGUUGAUAAUAAGCCUUUCAUAAUCAGUGAGCAUUCAGCUACAUUGUAGAAAUCAAAUACACUGCUUUUUUCUAGGUGUAUUUUUCUGUAGCUCAUUGUGUUGUAUUUUGAAACAAUCAAAAUGCUGUGUCAGAUAAGCCCAGCUUAGCUCACUGAGAAAAUAACCUCAGGAAAUCUUUGAUUUAAUUUUUGUUAUUUUCAUAGUCUCUACCAAGUAUUAAAAUCAAAUAACCUUUUUUUAACCUUAUCAAAAAAUUUUCCAAGUUUUCAAAAAAGUUAAAUGAUUUUUCAACUCCCAUUUUUCAUGUGGGUUCGCAACUAUAUCCUUAAUUCACCUGUCUUCCAUAUGGGUUGGGGAUAGGUUUCAAUUGAUUAAAAUUUAGACAUUCUAGUUUGGCGUUUUAUUUUAAAGGUGUUUCCCUUAGACAUUCCAGAUUACUUUGAUUAAAAUGAUAAAAUUAUGAUUUAAAUAAUUCCUAAUUUUAUUUUAUUUAACCAACAACUAGUCACUUAUCUAUAAUAUUGGGGGGAAAAAAUAUUAUUUUGCUUACAGAGAGGAAUCUAAAGCUUUUUUGGCUAGUAGUACUUAACCUUAAGCCAUGGUUAAGAUUUUCUUAAUUUAUCAGAUGUUUUAUUUAUAUGGUUCUAUUUUCUCCUGGAGAUCCAGUGUUGAAAACAUGUUUUGAGCUUAAAAGUCUAAUUUAAUAACCACAUGAACAUUAUAUUUCUAAGUAUUUGAACAGUUUGGUGAUGGGUUCUUGUUUCUUACACUAAUAAUUUGAGUGCAUGUUGGUUUACCCACUGCCCAUAUUUAAUAUGUUCUACAGUUUGAGAAUGACGAUUCUUACUUUUUUUCCUCUUUAAAUAAACAAAUUUCUUUGUUGUUGAUUAUUUAUACUCAUAAAUGACCUAAUUUUCUCUAAAGCUUUCAGUACUUGUUGUUCUGUUUAAAGAUAAAAAUUGGUGGAGACAAUAGUUGCAUGAAACAUUAAUUUCAUAGACUUAUAUUAAAUUGUGCAUUUGUUAUUGUUACUACAUGGUGACAAUUGAAUUCUUUUACCAAAUUCUGUGGGAUCUGCAGAAUAUCUUACACUCUGACUGUAAGUAGUAAUAAUCCUUGGACUUGCACUUGAGAAAUGUUACAUUAACUAUCUGUCCAGCUGCCUCUUAAAAAAAAUACAUUAUCUUGUUCAACGUUAAACUGUCUUCAGUUUUAUUUUAAUCCUAUAUGUCUUAAUCUGUUUUUGUCCCC